UAAAAACGGUCGGCAACGAAAUGAGAGCAAUCAGUAGCCUUCGAGCAGUCUACAACAGAAGUGCACGAUGAGAGUUCUGAUCUUCACCGCCGCCGUCCUCGCCUCCGCCGCCGCAGUGCCCUCGGGCCUGCUGGCCGGUCAUGGUCUCCUGGGCCAUGGUUUAGGUCUGGGUGCCGCUCCUCUCGCGGUUGCCCACGCCGCGCCAUUGGCCGUCGCCCACGCAGCCCCCGUCGCUGUUGCCCACGGUCCCGCUCUCCCCACCAUCUCCCCCGGUGACAUCCAAGGUGCCGCCAUCGACGCUCACGUCGAAGCUUCCGACCACGCCCGCGCCGCCGUCGAUGCCGCCCGCGAAUACCACGACCAAGCCUCCGAACUGCAAGGCCGCGCCAUCAACGCUGCUGAGGACAACAGCUGGCAGGCGAUCGAUGCCGUGAAGACUGUCGAGGCUCAGUUGGACGGUGCCGCCGCUGGUGCUGCCCCCAUCCUCGCCAAGCAGAUCGCCGGUCGCGUUGCCCCCGCUGUGGUAGGACAUGCCGCAUACGCCGCCCCCGUGGUGGCUGCCCCAGCUGCCUACGCUGCCCCUGCUGCCUACGCCGCUCCCGUUGUCGCCGCCCACGGUGCCUACGCAGCCCCUGCCCUGGCCGCCAGCAAGACCGUGGUGACCCAAUCCCUCUCCCAAUCCCACCCCGCCCCCCUCGUCCACUCCGCCGUCGUCGCCCCCGUAGCAUACGGCGCGCCCGCUCUCGGAUACGGUCAUGGCCUCGCGCACGGAUGGUAAACUGUGAUUCUAGUUCUUUAGAUACCAAAUGUAAUAAAUACUCAAUUGUUUGGAUGUACAUACAUGUAAAUUAAAAAGUUAAAUAUGCAGAUGAGGCGAGGAUGUGUGUGAAUAAAUGAUAUAGUAAUUUUAUAA